AUGCAGACACCUGGUUCAUCCACGUGCGGCAAGGGCUAUAAUAACGAUGGUGCUUUUGACGGACCUUUACUGGCCAUCCAUACCACCAUUCAAACAAAUCAUCACUACCCGAAGAUGAGUCUGCAGUACAAAGUAUUUUUCAGCAAGCGUGCUUCGGCCACCCGAACUGGGCCAGUCGGUCAUGACAACCUGAAGUGGGUUCCCACCACAUCUACCUUGAUCUACGGAACCAAAGACGCUGUAUUGGUCGACGCGCAGUUGACCUCGAACGCCGGGCACAACAUCACACACGUUUACGUCACUCAUGCCCACGGCGACCAUUUCUUCGGCAGCGCACUCAUCCUAGAACGGUUCCCGGACGCGGUUCUGGUCGCAACCCCCGAAGUCGUGGCCAGAAUGGAACUCGAGACUACGCCAGAACGUCUGACUGGUCUCUGGGAAAAGUUGUUUCCUAACCAGAUUCCCCAGACGCUCAAGAUCGCCCAGCCUCUUUCUCGGGACCAUUUUGAACUAGAAGGCGAGAAGCUGGAGGUGGUCAGGACUGGCCACACAGACACGGAUGACACGACGACUCUUUGGGUCCCGUCCAUCAAGCUCGCUGUGACGGGCGAUGCCGUGUACGCAAACACCCACCCGUACUUGGGCGAGUCGGGAACGGCCGCCAAGCGGAGCGAGUGGAUUGAUGCGUUGGACAAGAUAGCCGCACUUGGACCUGAGCAUGUUGUGGGUGGGCAUAGCGAUCCGAGCAAGGGGUUCGGGCCUGAAGCGAUCCACGACACAAAGACGUACUUGGAGAACGUUGACAAGAUCAGUUCCGACGCCGGUACGGCUGAAGAACUUUAUGAGCGCAUGUUGGAGAUUUAUCCUGAGCGUCUGAACCCAGGAUCUCUCUGGGCAGGUGCUGUUUUGAUCAAGCGGCCGUAA